AUGUCACGUGGACUGCAUCAACCUGAACGUCGUAUUGAAGCCAAGCGCCUGCAAUACAACGGGAUUCAACCGUUCUCUUCCGGUGACAUCGACCUUCGUAAUUCUUCUUCAUGCAUUUUUAUACGAAAUGAAAGUCUCCCCAACAAUGUGACAUACAUAUCUCAGUAUUUUACUCCUCUAUUGGGGUACAUUUCCAUAAAUCAGCAAUUCACCCUCUCGGCUACUUUGAAAUACGGCAGUAACGUGCGAUUUACUUUUGAUUUCGGCGACGGCUCCGUACCAGUCAACAUAGACGGAACUCCAGCAACGCCCCCUCCCAGUCAGGUGCUCUCGUCCCAUGUCUACUUGGAAACCGGCCAAUUCAAGACUUCUGUAAUCGCCAGAUCUGGAGGUGUUCAAAUAAAUAUAGACCGGCUCCUUUAUGUUAUCGCACCUUUAGGUGUCUAUACUUUGAACUUAACUAAGAGCCUUGUAGCCUCAAACUCUCCGGCAACCAUCGUUGUCACUUGGAAAUCGGGCCCAUUUGCUGAACUCACUCAAGCAAAAGUGUCUUGGAACGACAGCACUCCAAUGGUGACAGCUGAUUUCACAGACAAUCAAACUUACACUCACACAUAUCUUGAAAGGGGCAACUAUAUCAUUACU